AUGGCCAUCGUCCGCCCUCGCCUCAACUUCAAUCUCCACCUCAAACUCCCAGAAACCUCUGAGAUACGCCCGUGCUUCACUCUUCCCAUCCUACCCAUCACCACCAAAUCUUCCGGCGGUGAUGCCAUUGCUCUUGAUGACGUUGAGAAACUCGCCGUCCUCGGCCACGGCAGCGGCGGCACCGUCUACAAGGUCCGCCACAAAAAGACUUGUGUGAUCUACGCCCUCAAGGUCAUCCACUGUGAAUCCGAUGCAGCCGCACGCAGCCGCGUCAUCUCUGAGAUAAACAUCCUCGCUGCCGCCGACUGCCCCUACAUUGUCCGGUACCAUGGAUCCUCCGUGCAACCCUUUGGCGAUGUCUCAAUCGUAAUGGAAUACAUGGACUCAGGCACGCUCGAAACAGCCCUCAAAUCCGGCGGUGCAUUCUCCGAACGGCGACUCUCUGCCGUGGCACGUGACGUUCUCAACGGCAUCGCGUAUAUCCACGCGCGCAACGUGGCUCACCGUGACCUGAAGCCCGCAAAUAUUCUCAUGAAUUCAAACAAUGAGAUCAAGAUUGCGGAUUUCGGAGUCAGCAAGCAGCACGUGUCAGCGUUCACGUGCAAUACUUUCGUGGGCACGUGCGCCUACAUGAGUCCGGAGCGGCUUAACCCGAAUGGUGAUGGCGGGAACUAUAACGGUUAUGCUGCUGAUAUAUGGAGCUUCGGUUUGACCCUCUUUGAACUCUAUGUGGGUCACUACCCUUUUCUUCACCCGGGUCAGACACCCACCUGGACCAACCUCAUUUUCGCGAUUUGCUUCAGUGACCCACCAUCCCUGCCGGAGACUGCAUCGCCGGAGUUUCGCAGCUUUAUGGAGUGUUGCCUCAACAAAGAGUCCGGUGAAAGGUGGACGGCUACUCAGCUCUUGACCCACCCAUUUGUAUUUGUGUGUCAAGAUCCGGAAACUUGUUAA